AUGGCUACCCAUGAACUAGUGACUGAGCAAUUUGAGUUUUUAGGAAUAGAAGUUCUAAACGAUGUUUUAAGUAAAUGUGUUAGUUUAUGUGAAGAAUAUAAUGUUGAUGCUGAAACUUUUAUAGAACAGUGGAUGGCAUUUAGUUUAACACAUCUAAAUGGAGCUCCACCAUCUAUUGAAAAUUUGAAUCUACUUGAGAGGAGGGAAUUUUCCAAACGGACAUUGAGUAAAAGUUCAACCAAUGAAACUUCUCAUUUGAGUACCGGCGCAACUUUGCCGAUCUACGGCGCACCGUUGUCAGCGCAACCAGAAAAUGAAGUGCUAUCGAAUUAUAUGACUACAACUCCAAAGAGAAUAAAAGUAGAAAAUGAACAAAUCCAACAAAGUGAAAUAUGUCCUGUUACAUACUCCCCAACGGGAUCUUCAGCUAAGUACACAUCGAGAACAAAUCAGGGUUCUGUUGUGCAUUCAUACGGCCCUGACCAACUGUUACAAGAUAUUGAUAAAUGUGAUAAUUUAAAUUUGAUACAAUUAAAUGUGACACAAGUGCCGAAUGAUGAUGGAGAUCUGUAUAAUAAGGCAAUGUUUGGUUUCGAGUUACUUCAUGAAAAGGCAACUGUGUUUGAUAAUCACAUUCGGUAUAUAUCUCAAUGCAUUAUGAAAAAGAAUGGAAUAACUGAGUCAGUUUCGGUUUCAUAUAAAACUCAGUCCGAAGUGUAUGUCUCGGGACGUAUAGAAUGCGACGCAGAUGCAAGAUUAAACGCCAAAAGCGCCGUCUUACAAGGUACUUGGGAGAACUCAUUGAGUACCUCGGUGUCUGUUGAUAUGGAUAAUUUAAAGCAGUAUUCUCUUUUCCCCGGACAAGUAGUGGUAAUGCGAGGGAGUAAUCCUCGAGGCGAUAAAUUCGUCGCUACCGAAGUAUAUUACGACGGGGCUCGACCGGUACCAGAUAAAAAAGCUGAUCUGAUGAACACAUUAAAUGGAAACUUGUCUAUGGUGGUUGCAGCGGGUCCAUAUACAACGUCAAAUAGUCUAGCCUUCGAGCCGUUAAAAGAUUUCGUUGCGUACAUAAACAGGCAUCGACCUCACAUAGUCAUAAUGACCGGGCCUUUCCUAGACGCAGAUCAUAGUAAAGUCAAAGACAACUCUAUGGCUGAAACAUUCAAGUCCUUUUUUGAGAAACUCAUUGAUAGCUUAGGGGAAAUUAGUACUUCAAGUCCGAACACAAAAAUAUAUAUAGUCUCCAGUCAAAAGGAUGCUUUUCAUGUAAACAUCUAUCCGACUCCACCAUACUCAAUGAGGAAGCAGCCCGCUAAUAUAACUUUUUUGCCUGAUCCGUGUACUUUAAAUAUAAAUGGAGUGGUGGUGACAGCCACUAGCACCGAUGCCCUUAUGCAUAUAAGCCAGGAGGAAAUAUCAUUUGGAACUGGUGGUGACAAACUAUCUCGCUUAGCUAGUCACGUGUUAUACCAGCAAUGCGCAUAUCCAAUAUGGCCGCCACCAGCCUCGCUACGCAUUGACGCGCCUUUAUGGGCAGCGCAUGCGCAGUUGCCUUGUACGCCGCAUUUAUUAAUACUACCCUCCAAUUUUCGAUACUUUGUAAAGGAGCUGAAUGGGUGUGUGGUUGUGAAUCCUGAACAUUUGACGAAAGGCACUGGCGGAGGGACUUUUGCUCGUCUGCUUAUAACCAACCAAGAUACCAACAGUAUUGCAGCGCAAAUUGUGAGAAUUUAA